AUGGGUGUCAAGGACCUCGUCAACCGCGCCAAGAGCACCGAGAUCGAGCGCACGGAGCACACCUCCAACAAGCAGGAGACGCACCAGAGCGAUAUCCCCGGCCAGGGUGCUCCGGGCCUCGUCCCCGUCCCCGCGCUCUACGAAGCACCCCCUCGCAGCGGUAUCUCGAUGGAAGAGUACAUGUUCUACGCCCAAAUCCAGCGUGAGCAGGAGAAGCUGUACGGUGCUGCAGGUGUAUCGGUCGAGGCCAACGCUCCUCACGGUGCUGGCUACAUCGACCACGCCGGCGAGAAGCACAACUCGUCCGAAAAGGUCAGCGAACACGGCACUGCGGUCGAGGCCGGCCACAUCAAGCCUACCGUCAACAACACGGAUGCAUCCACCUUUGACCAGCUCGAGGGCCUCUCGGACCUCGAGAAGGAGAGCCGUAACGCCCACCGUGCCAUCAAGACCGCCUCGUGGGUCGGUGUGUUCUACCUCAUCACUACGGAUAUCCUCGGUCCUUAUGGUGCGCCUUACGCCAUGUCCCAGAAUGGUUGGGUGACGGGUAACGUCAUGUACAUCGUCAUGGGCUUCUGUGCGUGGUGGUGCGGUAUUAUCCUCUGGAAGCUGUUUAUGCAGCUCGAUUCGGCCCGUUAUCCCGUCAAGACGUACGGCGACAUUGGAGAGCGUGUGGUGGGAUACCCCAUGCGCUGGACCUUCAACGCGCUCCAGACGCUUCAGCUUAUCAUCAACGUCGGUCUCAUCUGCCUUACCAACGGCCAGGCUCUCAGCCAGGUCAUCAGAGGCGCGCCCGGAAACGCCAAUCUCUGCUUCUCGGUUUGUGUCGUCAUCUUCGCGCUUAUCGGCAUGGCCUUUGCGCAGGUGCAGACCUUCCGCGGUCUCGGUUUCGCUGCCACCACCGCGGUCUACCAAAACAUCGUCAUCGUCAUCGUUUCCAUGGCCGCCAUCAUCAAGUACGGUCCCUACAUCGCCGGUGCCCAGGCUUCUUACGGUACCGACUACCCGUACAACAACCAGCCCGUCAUGACCUCUGCGUUUGUCUCGUACGACAUUACGCAAAAGGUCAACGGUUUGAUGAAUAUGGUGUUCGCUUAUGGUGGCGCCAUGAUCUUCCCAGAGCUCAUGGCCGAGAUGCGCCGUCC